AACAGACAUUCGCCACUGCUAUAAAUCAAAUCUUACAUAGACGUGCUUCGGUUUCUUCACAAAGACCAAAGGAUUUAAUAGCUGAAAUAAAUACAAAUAGAUUAGAAACUACUAAUAAUAUACAAAACGCUUCUCCUCCAAGUCCAGUUGCCGUUAAUGCUCCAAUUAAACAGCAGCCUCAAAAUCAACCUUCUCAAAAUCAAUCCUCGCAUUCAACACAACAACCACCUUUUCAGCGAUUAUUACGAAAGAAAAGUAUACGUACUUCUAAUAACGGACAGUAUUCUCCGGUUUCCCCCUCGCAGUCCUCUCCUUUAUCGCCAACAGUUGAAGAAGACUUUAGUGAUAGUUUGUCUGAUAUUGAUUCAAAUAAUAAUUUAAAUAACAAGCGAAUGCAACAUGGGACAAAUUCUUCUUCAAAUCAUUCAGUUAAUUCUAGUGCUUCGUCAAUUUCUUCUCCAAGAAAACAAUUUCUAUUUGAGAUUAGUAGUAGAGAACAAAAAUUAUUAAUAUCAUCUCAAACAUCUCAAACAAAAGAUGAAAAGUUAUUAAAAAAAGCAAAGAUAUUUUUAGAUGCAAAGCAAAGGCCAAAAGCUAGGAUCGCAUCAUUAUGGAGUUUUACAGAUUUCACAAGUGAAUUUGAUCAGGCUCAGUUUUUUCAACAAAAUGCUGAAGAUGUAUUCGAUGUAAUUUAUAAAUCAUUUAUGAAUCAAGUGGAUAAAAUAAAACAGAAAACAGAUCGUCCGUCGUCAUUUACAUCAAAGGAAUUUUUGAAUUUAAAUAAGAUCUUACUUUUAUUACGUAAAAUAUUUUUAUUUAUACCUGACAGAAUAAGGCUUGGAUGGCAAAAAAAACAAAUAGCCAAUAUAUUAUCAAUUUUGCUCGAUCAUGGAAAUCAUCCCCGAGUUCGAAUACAAGGAUUUCAACUUUUGAUAUUAUGGUUAAAUGAUCAAACAAUGGAAUUAGACGAAUGCCUACAUUUAUAUUCAAAUGCUAUUUCGUUAGAUAUAUUUUUUUUCGAUCAAAUAAAAAGUAUGGAUGAAAAAACGUAUCAUACAAAAGACAAAGGAUGGAGAAAAAGUUAUAUUCCUCUUGCUCUAGGCCAAGAAUUAAUUCGAGGUGAUCCUCGAGGAGCUUUAUUUCCCAAUCCACAUCAACCAACAUUUACUGAUGCGGUAAAUUUAAUUCAAAUAGAUUUAGGCAGUAUAGUUAGAUUAGCACAUGUAGCAGCUGGAUCAAUACCACCAUCAGAAAAUUAUGAAUUUCCUGCAAUAGAAAGUAUUGAACCUGAUAACGGUAUUGCUAUAGGAAUGGGAAUUGACGCAGCAUUUGCUUCUGCCAAAUUUCAUUUUGAAUUAAUUAAAAAGCAAUAUCUUGUAAAACUUUUUCCUCAAUGCGCCAAAUUUCUUGGAUUGUUACCUGAAGAUCAAGAAUAUGGUUUUCAAAGAUGUCCACCGACAAUUUUGAGAGCUUUAAUUACAUUCUUCAUACAUCAUUGCCUCGAUAACUAUAGUGCAUCGGAUACAAUUUCUUCAUAUCCUUCACCUGCAACACCUAUUUUAAAGUCCAUAGUGUUGGCUCCAGAGAAUCGUGAAUUUGCACAUGAAAUAGUAAGGCAGUCAUUAAUGUUGCCAGCUGGUAGUCCACUUUAUAAAGAUAUCGUUAGAGGUGCAGUUCAUAUAGUAGGAGUAUGGAUUCUAAGUGGGGAAGAAGAAAGACCAGCCUUUUUACGUAAAUCUCAUCAAAAUUUGCCUCUUUCAUCCCCUUCGACAAGUCAAAGUGAUGUAUCCACAACUCCAAAUCUGACGCCGACAUCAGCUAUGUCUUAUUCAGAUGCAAAUAUUUAUCUUAGAAGAUAUAUAAAGUUACUAAAUCUCGUGUUCGAUGAUCAUUCAUUCCUAACUAUUGAUGGAGGAAUGACAAAUAUUGAGGUGGAGGCACAAGUUUCUAUUUAUAGAGAUGUUUUGUCCUUAUAUCGUUCGAUGACGACUGAAAGUUCUAUUGAAUUGGAGUUAGGAACUUGGGAAACUUUACUGAGGUCACUUUUAGAUGUUCAGAGAAAGAUUAUGAAUCAAAGUGACAAGUAUGCUUCAAUACCUUCUGUAAUGUUGGCUGAUGAUUUGGCCGAUUAUUUGAUUGAAACUACAUUAUACGCGUUUACUCGGUCAGAAUUUCAAGAUCCAGAGUUAUGGAAUAAAUUGGCAAUUCAACUGAGUUUUAGUGUAAGAUGGUAUCAAACAAUUUCACAGUGGACUAAAAUCAUGUUGCGUUUGACAAAGAUUCUUUCAAAGCAUGUUUAUCAAGUAGAUCUUAAUCAAGUAGAGUUACAACGACGUCUUUUAGAAUUUUCAACAUUGGAACGCCAUCAACAUCGUCGAAAACCUUCCAAGAAUCGUGCAAAACAAUUUUCAUUAAAACAUAAAUCUUCAGGCAGCACUUCUUCACGUGAAGAUUUCGAUUUAUCAUCGCCAGGGUCAUCUAAGAACUUUAUUGAGCAUGGUAAACCCGGAAGACGAACUUUGAGCAUGCAUUCAGAUACGAACCAGUUUGAUACAAAAUUGUUAGGUGUUGGAAAUCAUGGACCUACUGCUUCCUCUUUGCAUUCUGGUAGCAUUUCGUCAGAUGAAGACGAAAAUGAUGAUGAUGAUGAUUUUUUUGACGCUCGUAGUGACAUUGGUAAUGAAGCCAAGUCAAACCGAACCUCGGCCGUAUUUUUCACUCAACCGAAUUUCAGUAACGAAAAACUAUCAAUGUCUUUGGCUAAUUUUAGAAGUCCAGAAUUUGUUCAUCUUGAUGUAUUAUCAUGGACUGCUGAAAGUUCAUUAUUAGUAUGGAAAAGCAUGCUUUAUUCUUUGGGUAAUUUGAAUUGUAUUCAAAUUAUUCCAUAUCACACUGAUGCUAUCAAGUGUUUAAUAGAUAUGUUAGAUAUGUUUGAAUUGGUUUGCUAUAAUCAAUUUGGGAAUGUUCCUCUUCCUCCGAUUUAUGAAUUUGCUCCUUGGCUUCUCGAAGCUUGCAACUUGCCACUAGCCUUUGCACCCGGGCGAGCAUUAGCAUAUGGUGGACUUUGCAAAAUUAUGUCUCGUCGGCAUCAUGAAUCUAACAAAUCUUAUCCUGAUUUCUAUCGUACUAUGAUGAAGGGGCUAACUGAUUCUGAUAGAACUAUAACUUAUGCAAUAAUAAAUAAUUCCACAAAGCUAUUUUCUCAAGGUCUUCCAGGAAUUAAUAUUCUUUAUCGUCCUUUUAUUGAAUCAAUAAGAAAUUUAUUAUCUGAACAUGAUUCGAAGAGGAUUCCUGAUUCUACAAGACAAAAUGCUAUCACCGUACUUUGUUCACUCAUACGUUUCGGUAUGUUGGAUAGUCAAAAAUGUGCUGAGGAAAGAUUAAUGUUGAAAGAAGCAUUGAUCAACUCAUUGUCGACAGAAGAUUCGAUAAAAAAUCAUGACAUGCAUAAUAUGUUGUUGUACGGCAUUUGUACACUUGCAUUUGAUGAACUUACUGCAAUAAUUUGGCCACAUAAGACUGUCGUUAAAGAAUGUUUUCGAACAAUGUUGGAUCAGUUAUAUUGGAGUCAAUUGUCAGUAGUUUCAGCAGCCGCAGAUUGCUUAGUUGCAUUUGCACAAAAUUUUUCAAUGUGGUCCGAUAAUGAAGAGAUAUAUAUCAUGGUUCUCCAAGAUGUUUUUGCUAAUUUAAUUGGAGCUCUGGAUGAACAUAUUACGAUACAAAAAGCAACUGUGAGAAAUGGAAGAGGAUUCAUAAUAGCCAAGCUGUUUUAUUGUCUACUUGAGUGGUUGAUGGUGAUUCCUUCAUCCAUUUUCACAGACACUGAUUUAUGUCAGCUAGUUCUUGAUGUGAUCGACUUGGCAUUUGAAGAUCGUGGAGCGGAAUCACUAAAUUAUUACAAGAAAGUGUAUCCUGCUCCAUUUAGAAAUCGAGGAAAGAAAACAAAAUUGAGAUUCAAAAAAUCGGCGCGCAGAAUUUCAUUAGGAAUAAAUUUCAGUAGCGAAACUUAUGUUCAAAUUGGCAUUGAAAAUGAUAUUGAGGAUGAAAAUUUUGUUAAGGAAGUUGCUGAGUGUGUAUUAUUGCAUUUGACACAUCAUUUUGACAAUUUUGCUCCUUUUUAUGGUCCUGCAACAAUAAACAGCACUUUAACUGGCCCAAUAGGAUCCGACACUAAAGAUGAUGAAUGUGCCGAACAUUACCAAUAUUUUUCUUUUAAUGAUAGGACUAUUAUCACUGUGAUUGAAAUGCCAGAUGAAAGUUCAAGAUCGCGUUUGAUAAUUCGUGAUAUGACUGGCCGUUAUACUUGGGAUACUAAGUUGUUUUACAAAGGAUAUUUUGUUCCUAAUUCAAAACAAAGUAGUGACUCGGAACAUUCUGAAAUUACAAAAUGUAUGACAUUGAGACCUAAUAUCAAAGUUGAACCAACAUCAUCGAAAUCAAAAUUAUCAAAUUCAAAGACAAAAUCACGUAAUCGAACAAGUAAUUUUUACAAAGAUAAAAAUGGAAUACCUGUUUGGGCCGAAAAUUGUAAUAACGAACAAUCUGAUAUGUUGAGUAAUUUGUUAUAUUACGUGAGCGAGAACACAUCGUUAUCAGAGACUUUAUUAGAUUCAUCGGAAACGAUAACAGAUGGCUUCCAGACUGAAUUUGAGGAAGAAUUGGAUAGGCACAUUCAGGAAGAAAUACUUUAUGUUAAUUCUACAGACAGUCAAGCAUCAUCUUGGUACGAAAAUAUUAUGUCGCUACGAAAUAACAUGAACCAAGUGACCGAAAAUAAAAGUAAUAGAAAUAAUAGAAAUAAAAUUUCCGAACAACUUUCAAGAAAUCCAUUGUAUUCAAGGUCUACGUCACAUUUAUCACUUGGUGCAGACUUUUCAUUAUCAAAAGCAUUUUUACCAGUUAUACCUCCAGAAGCUGAAAAACCACUGGAACCUUAUCAGCAAUGUCGAUUAUUCUUAAGUCAUAUUGGAUGGUUAAAUCCUGAUACAUUUAAAGAUGGAUCAAUAAGUAUGCUUGAUAAAGGUCCAGCAUUAUACCGAGAUAUCCGAUUACUUGAUAAAAAAUAUUCACGUGAAUGUAUAAAGGUUGCUUUAUUAUAUGUUGGAUCAGGACAAGAAGAUGAACAGUCUAUUUUACAUAACACGAAUGGAAGUAAUGAAUAUGACGAAUUCGUUACAAGUCUUGGGUGGGAAAUUGAUUUAGCCACUCAUCCAGGAUAUCUUGGUGGACUAGAAAGAAAUUCCACAAAUGGAACAACUUCAAUUUAUUAUUGUAAUUCAACUUUGGAAAUAAUAUUUCAUGAUGUAACAAGAAUGCCAACAGAUCCUACAGAUUUAAAACAACUUCGAAAGAAACGGCACAUAGGAAAUGAUCAUGUGCAUAUAAUAUGGAAUGAACAUUAUAGGGAAUAUCGAAAAUCUACAAUAGGAGGAGAUUUUGGUAACGUUCAAAUAAUCAUAUCACCAUUAUCUACGAAUACCGGUAGCCAAAAUAUAGAGUUAUACAAUGUAGAAGUUUAUCGGGAUAAUAAAAUCCCGCCAUUUGGGCCUUUAUUAAAUGGCAUGGUGGUUACAAAAAAUUUAUUAGGGCCAUUAGUGAGAAUGACUGCCAUAAAUGCAUUUCGUGCAAGCAUUAAUACAACUUAUCAGCAUCCUUAUUUGCAGAGAUCAUCAGAUAUUAAUAUGAUAAUGAGUAAAUAUAAAAAGAGUUCAAAAAAUAAUAAUUCUUAUGAAAGUUUUAUUAGUAAAAAUUUUUUUACUAAUGAUUUACCUAUAUAGAUUUUCUUUUUCCAUGUUAGAUUAUUUUAUUUAUUUAAUCUUUUUACUAACAAAAUUCAAAAUUAAUAUAAUUUUCUCUUAAUUUUU